AUGAAAAUGAAAGCUCAACAGAUUGACAGCCUGACUCAGACAUCUAACACCGUUCAGACAAUGCUCCCGUCUCUGGGUUUCAAUAUGAGACCUCUGCUCCUCCUAACUUUCUUACUUAUAAUGAGAACCAGUCCUAGUGUUAUUAUUACUGGGGCUUGUGAACGGGAUUUACAGUGUGGCAGAGGAUGGUGCUGUGCUGCCAGUGUGUGGCUGAGAGGGCUGCAGCUAUGUACCCCUGAAGGAACACGUGGCGAUGAAUGUCACCCCUUCAGUCACAAGAUUCCUUUUUUUGGCAAGCGCCUGCAUUACACCUGUCCAUGUUCGCUGGGUCUACGCUGCUCCAAGUCUCCAGACUCCAGCUAUCGAUGUGCCUCAACCUUGGAAUGAAAGUCCAUCCAGUGAGUGGGCAGUCAGUGUGUGACCAGCACUGAGAAGCAGACUGGAGGGUAGGGGGUGAUGAGGAAACCCCUCCCCCUCCCCCCACCACCAUCCCCGUCACACCUGACCAUCACAGUCCUGCUUUGGUAACACCGACAGCACUGAGGGAAUCUGUUCCAUGUCGGGAUUAACCAGUUAUUAACUGGGAAGAGCCCCUGUGACCAGUUAGACUGAGAUUUACUUCUGUGCAGGAUAAUGCUUCUUUCUCGCGAUAAUUGUACCACUUCCGUCAA